CAAAAAAAACACAAACGAUCAACCUCCACCACCCCUUUCUAAACAUUCCUUGUCUUCCUCCGCGAUGGAUUUAGGCAGUCUUUUAAAUCAAGACACGUCCAUUCUAUCAAUUCAAAAUCUACGCGAUCUUUUAAGAGAACCGGAGAGCACCAUCAAACUCAACCGCAUCACCAACGCCACUUUUUCAUACCCAUCGACACUCCUUGAAACUUUUGAGUUUUUUGAUGUCCACGUUCGACUCUUGUUGUCAAUCCAGUACACCGAUGAAGCCUACGGUCCACAAUACACCAACACGGUAGCCACUGAAUCGUUACGCACAUGUAUCAAUGGCCUGCUACACCAGCAUGGUUACCCUUGGCUCGUUCAGUUUCCUCGCCAUUUGUCGAGCAUGACCUGGCACUUGCUGCAUACAAGCGCUGACAAGACUGUACUCAUGUAUCUCUACACCAUCGUAUUGGCAUUAAGCAACCAAAAACACGAAUCGAUUAGUCUGGAGGAAUGGGCGGCGGGUCUAGUACCCUUUGUGAAAACACGGUCCAUAGCACUUUUAUGCCAUGUCUGGAUGAUGUGCUGGGUCAUGGACGAUGAAGCUGAUCCUAGUAGUACUACUGCGGCUGUUGAUAAUACUGCAAAACGGGUGUUUAUCAAUGAGAUAGAAACAGUUUUGAAGCGGGAAAAGCAGCGUAUGAGCCCCUGUGUAGCCGAAUUCAUAUCGGCUUUGGAUUCUGGCGACGCGGGCCUACUUUCAUCUGAGGUGGAGCAGCGUUUGGAUAUGGGGUUGCUGCGAAGGCCCGCGUUUUCAAAAGAUGAAUUGUUACUGGGUCAUGCUGCAUUUCUAGCUUUCGUUCAAAGCCUAUCGCAAGACAGCUAUCCGGAAAUUACAAGUAUAGCCCGGAACAUUGAAAUACAACGCCGCAUGAAGUCUCCCCAUUACAAGAACCCUCUGUACAACUCCGUAUCCAAUGAAAAACUAUCAAGCGAUAUAAUCAACAAAGUUCAGUUGCUACGAGAAGGCAUCAAGUCAUGGCAUGAUCUUUUCCUACAAGUACCCAGCAGCGAGUUCGACCUAUACCUCAAGGACUUGGUGCAACGCUAUUAUCCCAGCCAACAAAAAACAAUGUUAGACACAAUGUUGGCCUUCUGGACUAUCCGUAAUCCAUACAACCAGCAUCGCACCGUCAUCAUUGAUGCAUUGUUGAGGCGAUUGGAGGAGAAGGGACCCUACAACCGUCGAACAUCACCGUUUUACGCAUAUACUCAGCUGUACAGGACACCCGUCGAUACCAGCAUAGGCGCACUCUACACGAAGAAAGAAUUACGCGCUAGUGCAAAAACAGGUGCGGAUAUAGAUAUCACGCAAUUCACCAACAGCUACUCGAAUGCUGCCCUGAAGCAAGGAUGCUUUGAAACCCUGAAACAGCUCACCCCACACGCAGAGACGAUUACCAAGGGAUGGGUUGCCGACUGUCUCCAGGAAGCAAUGCCCGAAGUAGUGGAGUCCUACAUUGAAUACCUUGCCACCAACCUCUCCCAGGAAAAUCUUCGACGUAACAAACAACAAACCGUUGGAGGGAAACACUUAUGCGAGGUAUUACGGAACCCACGGAUCACGUCACUCGGUGCCCAUGUUGUUCCAAAGCUCCUCCAAGCACUCAAUGAAAACUCGCUUUUGUGGCUCAGACUCAACUCGCCCGAUUUUGUCAAUCUCGUCCAGCAAUAUUUCAGCGAAUGCGCCCAGUUGACAAAGCAGUUACUCGUCGUUUCCUUGCUCCAAACCAAACCCAGAAUGUACAUGGACGAGUUACUGGGCUUGUUGCGUGAAAAAGCGCCAUCCACGACUCCACCUUCUACUUUAUCCCCCGGCGGACGAACGACGUGGUUCGUAAAUCACUUUAUUAGUGCAUUGUUGACUGUUGCAGGCGACGGUUCUGAAGGAGUUGCGUCCCAAAUCUUCCGCCAAAUUCUCAAGACACGCGCCGAUUUUAUUUGGUACCUUGGUGCGCCGUCGCUGCCCCUGAAGGAUAAAGAGGAUAAUAUCAGCACCAGUGGUGGUGGGAAGAACCAACAAUAUCAGGACGGUAAUUUCAAGGGACUGGAGAUUGCCAAAACACACGAAAUCCUUGCCAUCAAGCAGAUCGGGCUAGUGUCCAUGUUCCACGAAAUGGUGCGAUUAGGCGACACAACCAAGACCGAACGGUUAGUCGAAAUAUGGUAUACCUUGUGGACCGCGGAGAAUUCCUCAUUUACGGUGCCUGUGAGCUGGAUCAUGCAGUGCACCGGUUUGUACGACGAAGCGCCUGCCGUGGUCAAACAAAUGAUUGAACGUUUGAUGCGGAUUGGUAUUCGACAAGACAUACACAAGAAGGCGCAGCUGCAACAGCUGCAACAAGGAGGAGAAGAAGGAGGAACAAACGAGGAUGUACCAGGCUUGUCAUUAUCCCAAUCAUCGCGGUUAUUCGUCGUCAGCAUCAUCGAUCUGAUGGUCCUUGCAGAUAUCCCUGAACUGGAUACAGUGAUGGAUGUUUUCCUGCGGAUAUACCAGGAGGAAAGCCAAGAAGGGGCUGUGGAUGACGAACUUGUCUGGUCUGUUGUCGAAAUAUUGAUCCAGCUGGUCGAGGAACUGCGAAUGCAAAGAACUGCGGAUCAUAAUAGUGCGACAACAACAACAACAACAGCGGCACAACGUAAUAAUAACCAGCUUCAAUCCCAUCUACAGAAACUGCUACGACGAAAGCGGCAGGAUCUUCAAAAACAGCUCUUCAAGACGGGUAACCGGUCCCCGGCAAAAAAGGCCCGAAGGCAAAUGGCAAAACUACAAAAACGGCUACAAGCGGCAGCUACGGCCGCAGCAACGGAAGCUUCAUCUCCUUCCUCUCUUGCUUAUACGGGUCAUGGUAAUGGUGACGAGUCAAUGGAUAUAGACGACGAUCAGCAGCAGGCGGCAUUUUUACAAUCUAGCAAGAAAACCAAAGCUUUGCUCCAACUGGUGCAACGGGCCCUCACAUUUUUACUGAAUCUAGGCUCCUACGAUGAGGGCGGCAUGGAAGUGCAGGCAAGAAUACGGCUACGUAACAAAAUGUCAGAGUGGCUGUUGUUGUACGAGCCUCUAAGCAUGUUCAAAGGACUCUUGCAGCAAGAAAGUGAUCUCCUGGAGGACUUGAAUAGUACUAUCGAUGUAUAUAUUCAGAACCUUUUACGAGGCAGCCGCGGUGAUCUUGCAAAGAAAGCUCAGCGCCUGUUGGACUGCAAUAGCAGUAAUGACGACAACAACAAAUCAUAAAAUUUAAUACCAAACCAUAAAUUCUUGUAAAUAUAUAAUAACAAUGUAAAACUUUAAACAUCCACACACAUGUCAUAAACAUCAUGUCCGUCCAAUUAUCUGCAGCGGAAAAAAAAGCAAGCGAGUUUUGUACAGAU